CAAGGAAUUGACAAGAGGGUUCUCAGCGAGAAAGUGCCUGAAGUGCUGCAACCGGCAGCCUCGAUGGAACCGCAGCCUUGGCAGUCCGUGCAGAGGGAGACUCGUGUUUCAACCGAUGUCUACCGUACCACUACCAACAGGCAACAGCAGCAACAGUAUCCCAGUUCUCGGGCUUCCAGCACUGGUAGUAGCCCCUACCGGCCGAUUCGCACGAAUUCGCUGCGUCUCCUGGAUGAAUACAUAGCUAACCGAAGCAUGCGACCCAAAAACGAACCGACAAUUCGUGUCUACACAACGCCGACAUACCAGAUGGAACCUUCCUCGAGGACCGACUACACCUCAGACUACUACACCACCUCUACCGUCGUCCGUUCUGACCGCAACGUCAGCUCGUCCCUCUCGCCAACUCUACAGACGGUCACGUUCACGCCACAAUCGGCCUACCAGCAGCAGCAGCAGCAGCCACUGUCGUAUGGACGGCCCGGGGCCCUCUCUCCCCGACCCUACUUUGCCAGCCCAGCUCAUUCUACUCAUACUGUGAAGUAUGUGAGCGCAGAGCCCUCACCGAGAGGGGGAACCGUCUACACGGGCAUCCCCUACGACAGCCUCACCUCGCAGGUCUACUACAGUAAAAACAACACUGUACGAACGCAACCGCUUCGAGUAACUACUCUCCUACCAUUAGGGUUAGAGUUCGGCUUAUGCUAA